AUGUUAUCAUACGAAACAAAUAAUAGUAGCAAUACUAUUGGUAUGAUACCAUCAAGUCCUUCAAAGAAUUCAUCAAAUACUUAUUUAAACAAUAUGAGAAAGGAAUUACUCUCAUUUAAUAGUUUAAAUACAAGUGGUGUUAGUAAUACAACAGAAGAAUCAAGCUUUACAGAUUUAAAUCAAUCAACAGUUGAAAUUUUAACAUUAAAUAAAAAUUUAUUAGAUAACAGCAAUAGAAGCGAUUUUCAAACUAUUGAUUUAGAAGAUGACUUAUCACCAGAUUAUCAAAGAUAUAUAAAAAGAAUUGGUUCACUAUCAUAUUUAACAUUUUUAGGAGCAGUUUUUGUUUUAAUAAAUGAAAAAUCAAGUGUAUUUGUACAAUUUCACGCAUUUCAAUCAUUUUAUAUUAGUAUCGGUAUCAUUGGUUUCCAAUUGGUUUUUGCAUGGUCAUCAAUAAUGACAAUAUUACUUUGGUCAUUAUAUCUUUUAUUUAUUUUAUUUAUGUUUUUUAAGGUUAAUUCAAGUGUUGGAAAACCAAUUUAUAAAUUACCAGUUGUUGGUAAUAUUUCAGAAAAAAAAGCAAUUCAAAGAUCUCACGAAUACUCACUUUUAUUAAAAUAUCACGAUAAUAUUAUUAAAAGUGAAAUUGCAUACAGAAAACAUUUAAAAAUUCAACAACAACAACAACAACAGCAACAACAACAACAGCAAAGACAAUCAAAUAAUUUACCAAGACACCAAAGAAUUAAUUCAAAUAAUAGUAUAGUAAUGAGUUCAGAUGGUGAUUCAAUGUUAAAUAGUAGCAGUAGUAGCAGUAGUAGUAUUUAUUCUGAAAAUCAUAACCAAGAAGAUAAUUUAAACGAAUUAAACCAUUAA